CGCAGCAUACUACGAUGGGAGGCGGGCACAUGGGAUCAGGUAGUACAGACCUGCCACAUUUGGACGUCGAUGAGUGGGAGCGUGUCGGUCUGCAGGUUCAGGAUCAGGACUUCCAGACAUCUCAUUGGGCAUAUGAGCAGCAGCGACGAGAGGGUGCACCGGAUGAGCAUGUUCAGUCUCAAGUAGAUGAUAUGUUCGGCACACAGGAUCAGGAUGAUGGGGCGGAGAGAGAUGAGCAGUUGCCUCCACGAGACAGGAGGCCAGCGAGGUGUGGUACUGGCGGCCAUCUAGUGGCAGAGCACGGUGGUGGUCGGCGUGGUGGUCGUGGUGGUUGAGGACUAUUUAUUGUUAUGUA